AUGAACGCCCCUGAUCGCUUCGAGCUCUUCCUGCUCGCCGAUGGCGAGAAGAAGAUUGAGGAGAAGGUUUUUUCCGGCAUGUCCAACACUUCCGACUUCAUAAUCAAGAAGGAGGACCACACCCUCGGCAACCUCUUGUCCGAGCACUUGAAGAUGCACAAGAACGUCCUCAUGGCGGGUUACAAGAUCUCUCAUCCUAAUGUUCCUGAGAUGUUCAUUCGUGUCCAGACGGAUGGUUCGAUCACCGCCAAGGAGGCACUCGUCCAGGUGAUCAAAAAGCUGAUGCAGGACCUGUCCCACCUCAGCCGCGAAUUUACCCGUGAAUUUGAACUGCGUCGCAUGGUCGAGGCGGGCCGUUCCAACCAGCAGGGCCAGUGA